UGCUUCAACCCAGCUGACGGUGCAGAGAGAGAGACUAGAGAGGGAAUGACCAACAAGCGAACCAGGCAAACGAAACAGGCGCAGGAGGCGGCGGCGGCGGCGGCGGAGAAUGCUAACGGAGGCCGGCGGACCUUGAGCAAGGAGGAGGAGAUGAAGGUCAUGGUGGAGGCACUCAAGCACGUUCUUGCCGGCGAAGGCAGCAGCAGCGACGGCAGCGCCUUGCUGGAGGCAAUGCUCUGCCAGAGCAAAAGCCCCGUGGAAGAAGAGGAGAGUUGGGACAGGUCCCCAAAGAGGAAGUACCGCGGGGUGAGGCGGCGGCCGUGGGGGAAGUGGGCGGCAGAGAUUCGGGAUCCGCGGCGGGCCACCAGGGUGUGGCUCGGCACCUUCGAUACGGCCGAGGCGGCUGCCCGGGCCUACGACGAGGCCGCGGUUAAAUUCCGCGGUCCCCGCGCCAAGCUCAAUUUCCCCGAUGGGGAGCCUUCUCAAUCUCAAUCUCAGCUUCAGGCAAUGCCCAUGCCGCGAAUGGUGCAGGAUCAGCAGCUUCAGGAUAACCGUUAUACUCAGCCGCAGCUGCAGCAGCAACAACAGCAUGAGAAUGACCACAGCGUUUCUUCAACCCCGCCGAUGAGCGGCAUGGAGAGUGUCUUUCCGGCGCCGUCGACCCCCUUCGAGUACGACUACAUUUGGGAUUCAGUCCACGAGCACCAUGAUUUCGAGCAAAGUGGCGACUUGGGGAGCUCCAGUCUUGCUCAGGAGUGGAGCCCGGAUUACGACGGCUUCAGUUUGCCGGCCGGUGACCACAAUUGGACACUUGGUUUCUUUCCUUGAUUGGUUAUUUUUGGGAUCAAGGAGGACGAAUUUCUCCUCUGCUUCUUCCACUCACUCUCGCAUUUUAAGAGAGAUUUUGCUCCUUGAAUAAUGCUCUUGCUUCUGCCCUGUGUUUUUUCCGGGAGGGGGAAGCAGGACUUUCGAAUUUUUUCACUCGAUCCUCCUUUACUCACUAUUUCAACGAGUGGAGAUCGAGCUCUGACAAAUUCCUUUCUCUUAUUUGUAUCUGUAAUUCAAUUCACUAUAAUACGAAUUCCGUUCAGUUUUUAAAUCAA